AUACAGUUGUGGCGACUACAUCGACCAUCAUACAAUAAGUACACCACAAAUUGCAUACAUUACAAAAAUCUAUUCAAUUCACAAUUCGAAUUGAUUGAAUUGCGCUAAGCAGCCAUCGUUGUCCAUUCAAAUUGCGUUGCGCAAUACUACGUACUGUUCUGCCAUCGUUUGCCAACACUGAUUGCCGAUAAACAGCUGAUGUUGAGAUUCUUAUACGUGCGUGUUUCAGGAGCAAAAGUCCGACGAAAAUCGUACUUAGUUGCAAAACCUUUUACCAUGUAUAAGCUGUCGGCUAUAGCGCGUGAGCGCGCCUGUUACAUUACGUAUCAAUUGGCAUCAUAUAAUCUUCAGCAACAGCCGCAACGCCUCUACAGUGCCCCUGGACGCCGGCCCGGUUUCUUCUCGCAAUUCAUUGAUAAUGUGCGCACCGAAAUGGAUAAAAACAAGGAGAUGAAGGACAGCAUCAAAAAGUUUCGCGAAGAAGCCCAGAAACUGGAACAAUCGGAUGCCCUUAAGUCAGCCCGGCAAAAGUUUAACAUCGUCGAGUCGGAGGCUCAAAAAUCAUCUAGCAUAUUGAAAGAGCAACUGGGCGCAAUCAAGGAGAAAGUUGGCGAUGUCAUUGAUGAUGCUUCCAAAUCUGAUUUGGCCAAAAAGGUUUCCGAAGAGCUUUCGAAAACUGCGAAAGGCGUCAGUGAUACGAUAACAGAUACGAGCGGUAAACUGGGACAAUCCGGCGCCUUUCAAGCUAUUUCGGAUACGACAAAAAUGAUCAAAAAGGAAAUGAACGAGACGAGUAUAGAGAGUCGUGUCUAUAGAUCGCCGGUUCAGUUGCGGAAACGUGUCCAAAUCGAUAUGGCAGACAGUUCUCGUGUUGUAGAAGCAAAUACGGAAGCAACAGGAUUGGAACUUCACAAGGAUUCAAAAUUCUACCAGUCUUGGGAGAACUUUAAGAACAAUAACACCUAUGUGAACAAAGUUCUCGACUGGAAAGUUAAGUACGAUGAAUCUGAAAAUCCUGUCAUCAGAGCCUCCCGUCUACUUACUGACAAGGUCUCUGAUGUAAUGGGAGGUUUAUUCUCAAAGACCGAACUGUCUGAGACGAUGACUGAACUGGUUAAAAUCGAUCCAAACUUUGAUCAGAAACAGUUUUUGCAUGACUGCGAAAAGGAUAUCAUACCCAAUGUUCUAGAGGCCAUUGUACGCGGUGAUCUUGAGAUCCUUAAGGAUUGGUGCUUCGAGAGCACGUACAACAUAAUUGCUACACCUAUAACACAAGCGAAAAAGUCUGGCCUGUAUCUGGACUCGAAAAUCCUGGACAUUGAGAACAUUGAGCUCGCCAUGGGCAAAGUCAUGGAGCAGGGCCCAGUGCUAAUUAUUACGUUCCAAGCGCAGCAAAUAAUGUGUGUGCGCGACCAGAAGGCUCAAGUUGUCGAAGGCCACCCUGAGAAAGUGAUGCGUGUCCACUACGUUUGGGUGCUUUGCCGCGAUCGGAAUGAGCUCAAUCCCAAGGCUGCUUGGCGGCUUAUGGAACUGUCGGCAAACAGUCAGGAGCAGUUUGUUUAGUAGCAUGCGCAGUGCGCCUAUUUACCUCGUAAGCAGUUUCUAAGUUUCUCAUAAAUCCCCUGCCCCCCAGACACUAGACAGACUCUCGACAGAACAAACACUACUUAACCGUAGAAGUAGGUUUUAGAUACGUGCACAAGUUUCGCUCUUAUAACCAUAACCAACCCCACUUAGAAAGACAGAAGUCGCUGGCAUGUUCUGCUUUUAUUUUGCAAGCUUGCCGAGCCAGAGCUGCUGAUCGGCUUCUCUUCUCAUCUGUGUUUCAGCAGAUUACUGGCUUGGUUGCUUGCUUGCUAAUAGACCUGACCAUGCGACUCUGGCGGACCUCGUCAGUCAUCGGUCAUCGUCAGCCACAAUUCACCCUGACUGACCGCCCAUUCGGGCUGUUAUAUUCGUUGUAUAUUUUAAAUUAUCUAGUUAUCUGCUGUAUAAGAUCCUGAUAGAUUGGGCCGGACCUCAGUGUGCAGUGUGGCUGGCGGCGCUCGAAUACCGAACCGAAAGUGUAUGGCCCAAAAUUUAAAACGUUAAAGCUAAAAGUGAAAGCAAUUUAGUAAUUUUUAAGUCAAAUUGUUGAGUAUAGAAGAUUUGUUACGUAUUUUAAACUAUUUGUAUAUACAUUAUAUAUAAAAAUUGUCUAACCACUAUCUCGGUUCUGAACAUAAAUUCAGUGUAUCGAAAAGCUAAAACAAACGAAGAAGCCACAUUCACAAAACAGCCACACAAUAAAUUUGUAAAACCAGAACGUAAAAUGUUGCUACACGUUAAUAGUCUUGCAACAAAUAAAAAUGUACAAAAAAUGUAUGAAAUCGCAAUGUCAAAUAA